GACAAGAGAGUGCAGACUGUAUUUAUGUUAUAAAACGUAACAAAAUUAAAUAAAUACGUAUUAUUUAUGCUUUAGGUAUGAGGCAAUUUAAAUACGAUGUUGUGCAAUUAAUUCACGCUGUAAGAGAACGGCCGUGUCUUUGGGAUAAGACGUUAGAAGUAUAUAAAGAUCGUGCAGAGAGACGAGCGGCUUGGGAGAAUGUAUUCGUUCUCCUCGACGAAAGAUACGAAGAAAUGACGGCCGAAGAAAAGCGCGUGACGGGUGAACUAAUACUAAACAAAUGGACAAACAUCCGCGAUACCUUCGUGAAGACGCUCAAAACGAAAAUGGGAAGACCUAGAAGAAAAUAUCUUCUAUAUGAUCAUCUCAAAUUCCUGAUCAAGGUGACAUCCACUGAUGAAGACUUUACCGUCGGCUAUAACACUGAAGACAGUUCAACAUACAUGAAAGUAGAAGUUGAGAGUCCUAAAGAAACUACAAGUCAUAGAAAAAGAUCAAAGAAAUUAGACUAUAUUGAAGAAGAAACUAAGAAAAUAAAAGAAAUUGAAAAAACGGAAGUCGAUUAUGUUGAAGUUGAUGAAUGCAAUGACCCUAGAAUUAUGAAUGAGGACGAAGCGUUCUUCGCGUCUCUUCUGCCUUCUGUUGUCAAAUAUUCGGAGGAUGAAAGAUUGGAAUUCAGGAUAGAGGUCUUGGCCGUUAUGAAAAGGAUAAAAGAAAAAAGAAAAUGGUCUGGCGAUGUAUAAAAUGACUUUUUGUGAAAUGCAGUGUUUUGUUGAAAGGUCAUUGUACAGCAAUAGGACUUGGGCUUUCUCUGAUGACAAGCCUAUAUUAUAAGUGUUGUAUAAAAUAUUUAACACUCAAUUUAUUUCACAAACAUUGUAUAGUUUUGUUCCAAACAAAAACAUGUCCGCCUUUA